UUAGGUAAUAACAUCGCCAAUAAAGCAGUGCGGAUCUGUUAACAAGGAAGCUCUGACUACAUACAUAUAAUGAACCACUGUAAUUCGUCCGACAUCACACACGAUGACCAAUUUAACAUAAUCGGGGAUAGGUUACAACAAUUAAAGAGACUGUUACCGUUACUACAUUUUCACAGUUUGCUGGAGACCAUGCGACCAAUAUCACCAUCAAAUAAUCAAGACAAAAGUUCUGCUUCAUCAGAAGAAAACAGUAAAUCUUCAUCACCUGUAUCACCCAAAACAUGUUAUAUGCUUCCAGAAAUUCCAACAUUAAUUCCCGUGAAAGACAACCAGGAAAUGAGCAAGAAAUCGCUUUUCCUAUUAGGGUACCGUGAUUGCAGUUACGAAGCAUUGCGGUAUAUGAUUGAAGUGGAGAAGAUUGCUAAAGAUGAUCCACUCAUUCUUGGAUUACAACAACACCUGGAACAGCAUCAACUCCGUAUGGACAUUCAGUCUUUGAUUGACAGUGAAUUUGGCAACUUGGACAGAUCAGAUGAUAGUGAAGAUUUAAAUAAAAUAUCUCCAAAAUCUUCUCCAGACACUAGUUCUUCAAACAAUGAACUGCCAUUAAGCACACAUUUAAAAUCAGAACAUAACAGUGCUGACAGCACGUCUCCACAAAUGACUGUCACAUCAACAACUGCUAUACAAACUAAGGCAAAUCCAAACAAAUCAGACAGUUUAAAUGGCAACUGUUGCCAAGAUAAUAAUAAUAAUAACAGUCAAACACAUAGUAACAGAACUAUAAAAAAGAAAAGAGAAUUAUCUUUAUCUCCCUCUGACUGUGAAGCAAAUUGUCUCCUAGAAAAAGAGACUCUUUGCAAAAAGAGACGUUUAGAGAAUUCUAAUGCGGUGAAAAUGGACGACAGCACAAAAUGGAGUCAGCUGAAUCUCUCCAUAGCGACAGUUGCUCAAGAGUUGAUUGUUCUUCUUGAAAAUGAAAAUCCAUUCUUUGAAGACGAUUCCUAUGUAGAAGAAGAACUUGUUAUGAAUGAGGAGUUUGCCAAGUGACCAGAGUCUGGAUUUGUAGGUUAAAUAUCAUGAGACGCUGAAAAAAAACAAAAAAGGGAAUAAAACGGGCUUCAGGCAUCAUCAUUACUCAUGACUUAGACAUUUGGGGAGAGAGAA